UCUCUUACCAUUCUUCGAACGAUGCCGGACGCCUCUCCUCGUAAUUCUGUGGCAUCCAUUCACCUGAUAUAUGGCGCAAUGGGGUUCCUGCUCGAAAUAGACUGCGCAUCAACACGUUUUCAAUGUCAUCUCAAAAAGCUGAAUAUAUGCUUCCUGAACGGUGUGGAUGAGUUGCCGCCUUAAACUGCACUCGACUUUCCAGCCACCCCACUAUUAUAAUCGGCUCUAAAUGGAGCAUUGUACAUCUACUCGCUCCUUGCGAUGUCAACCGUGCAUGCUUUCCGUUCUACUUUUACUCGACGCGUGCCCGAGCGCUUGUGCGACGCUCGCAGGCGCUGGUCAUCCUCACGGUCAGGGUCGUCAGACAUCUCUCGUGAUCAAUAUCAGCGUCAGUCGGACUCAGUCCCUUUUGCUUUACACUCGGCGACACUACACCUUGUCCUCUUUCACUAUUACUGCUGUCUUUAGGCCAGCAGCUGGGAAUCCUCCGUGGACUGCGGAGUUCUGUAACACCGCAUCAGGUUCUCGUCGGGAAAUGCAUUCCUCGUGCUGCACCAACAUGCUUCCAGGUCAGGAGACCUCUCUAAUGCCGGCAAUAUUGUUCCUAGUGACGUGCACGGCCGCUUGCUUCUCAGCCGAGACGUCGUCAGCCCUGUCUCAGGGACUUCGACAGAAUGGCGCUUCGGCUGACGUUCCACUUCGUAUAUAAGCCCUGAGACGAGGGGGCGCUGGCGACGUACGGCCACUGAGAAGAAAGCGAAGUCAAAGAUGUGGGCGCAAGCGGCGAGUGUGCUCCUCCUUGUCCACGCCGUGGGUGCCGUGCCAUGGCCGGUGCCCAGUGGUACGUCGACGUCGACCGACACAAC